UGUUUUGGUUUGAACAUGUGUGUCUUUUGUUGUAAGGUGAUAGCAUCAUCUUCUUAAAUUUCAUAUCCUUUAUAAAUAUCUUUCGUCAAAGGUACCAGUGAAAAUGAAGAAAUUACAUCCAAUUUUGACUUUACGUAAUUUACUUCGUACUUAUCCAAAACAGCGUUAUUGUACAUAUGCAAAGAUUUUAAAAUGUUAUUAUUUUCCUAAUUGUUCAACCACUGCUGCUUUUUCGACUCGUUCGUUUUCCACUUUACUGCCACUUGAAAAUAAUGGAGAAAAUGGUCUAAAAAAAUUGUUGGAAGAAUACCCAGACCCUAAAAAACUUCUGUGGAAAAUUAUUAAUGAAGCAUAUAUAAUUCAACAGAAUCCAGCUCUUAAACCAUCUGUAACUGUAGAGCAAAUAUCACGAGGGGUAAAUAACAAAAUGAUGUGGCAAAUAAAACUAGCUAUGACUUGGCCAGAACGAUUUGAAGCAGAAGGCUUAUCUAGCAAAAAGUCAGAAGCUGAAACUAUUGCUUACCUGAAUGCAUGUCAAAAAUUGAAAGAAUAUGGCAUUAUAGACCAAAAUAACCAGCUUCUGUUACCAAAAAAUAUUAGGACUUUUGGAGAUAUUGACAUUAGGUAUUCCAAAGGAGAAUUAGGGAAUAUUUAUCAGAGAAUCUGGACACGCUAUGGCAAACAAGAAUUUAUACCAAAAUACAAAACAGUUAACAUUAAAGGCAUUUUUGGCAAAGAAGAUUACUGGAAAUCUGAAUUACAGCUUACUUAUCCAGAAUCAAAAACAUUUGAAGGUUGUGCUGCUCGAUUAAGAGAUGCUGAAAGUAUAGCUGCAACUAAAGCAUUACAUUGGCUUCAUGAAAAAGGAAUUAUAAAUAAAAAGAAACAAUUAGUUGUUUAUUCUAAAACAGAUGUCUCUAAAUUGGAAAAAGUAAAAUCUGCCCCAUGCUCGGUCUACAUUCCUGAAACACUGCAAGAUAAAAUGUCUUCAGUUUUAUGUGACAUUGAGAAAGAGAAAACGAAUCUUCUGUUUGAAAACAGUGAAACCAUUAAAGAAUUAAUAGUUGAAGAAAAGCAAGAUGAAGUGUAUGAUAUAAUAACUGAAAAUAUAUACAAUGCACCAUCUAAUACUGAAAUUAUCUUAUGCAGCCGUGAAAUGUUUGAAAAAAGAGUUCGGUUUGGAGAAAACAGUGAACCUGAACUGUUAGAAAUUAAAAAAGUUAGAUCUUCUUUACCUAUUAGCGAAAAAAGGGAGGAGAUUUUAAGAACUCUAGAAGAAAAUCAAGUAGUGAUUUUAUCUGGAGACACGGGUUGUGGAAAGACUACUCAAGUGCCUCAGUUUAUUCUUGAUGAUUAUAUUAGUCAUAUGAAAGGGGCACUUUGCAAUAUUGUCGUUACACAGCCUAGACGAAUAUCUGCUAUAUCUGUUGCAGAAAGGGUAGCUGCAGAAAGAGGUGAAAAGGUCGGUGAAUCCAUCGGCUAUCACGUUCGCUUGAACAAGAACUUGCCGAAAAAUCGAGGUGCUGUCUUGUUUUGCUCUACCGGAAUGCUUCUUCGCAAGUUAAGUUCUAACCUUAAUCUUGAAGGUAUAAGCCAUGUUAUUGUAGAUGAAGUUCACGAAAGAAACAUACAAAUAGAUUUUUUGCUAAUUUUGCUGAAAAAACUAAUAGAAAAUAACAAGCAUAUUAAGAUUAUAUUGAUGAGUGCUACUUUUAAUACCUGUGCUUUUUCUCAGUAUUUUAAUAACUGUCCAACUGUUCGUGUGCCUGGGAAUGUUUUCCCCGUGAAGGAUUAUUUUUUAGAAGAUCUGCAGUCUAUUAUUCCAGAUAUUAGUAACCUGAAUAGAAAAGACCCAGUUCUUGAUUCUGAUCUUGUGGUUAAAGUUAUAAAUCAUAUUAAUGUUACUCAGAAGCCUGGUGCUAUAUUAUGUUUUCUUGCUGGUUGGAAUGAUAUAACAACUGUGCAUGGAAAACUUCUAGAAUCUAAUCCAGACUCAUCAAAAUUAAUGAUCUGUUCUGCUCAUUCAAGGCUUCCACAUAGUGAACAAAGGAUUAUUUUUGAAAAGCCUCCAGAAGGAGUUAGAAAAGUCAUUCUUUCCACAAAUAUAGCUGAAACCUCAAUAACAGUUGAUGAUGUUGUGUAUGUGGUCGAUAGUGGCCUUCAUAAGAGCACGUCAUUUGAUGGUGAAAAAGGUAUUGCAUCUUUAGCAACGGAGUGGAUAACAAAAGCCAACGUGCGUCAACGAAGAGGGCGAGCUGGUAGGGUCAAGUCUGGUAUUUGCUACCAUUUGUACGAACUCAAAGAAUUCCAUGAUAUGGCUGAAUACCCAAUUCCUGAACUUUUGAGGGUACCUCUUGAAAAUGUCAUUCUAAAGUGUAAGCUGUAUUUCUCAAAUGAAAAAGCUGAAGAUGUGUUAUCAUGUGCUUUGCAACCUCCCACUACUACUGCAAUUCAGAAUGGUGUGAAUGAGCUUCAGGAAUUAGGAAUUUUGAAUGAAGAAGAAAUUCUGACUGACUUGGGAAAAAUUGUUGUAAAUUUUGGAACUCAUCCUCGUCUAUCUGUUGCUCUUAUUUAUGCAGCAUUUUUAGGGUGCUUGAAUCCAGUUUUAAAUAUUUCUGCAACACUGACAUUUGGAAGAGAGCCGUUUAUGAAUACGUUAAAAGAUCCAGGUGUUAUGAAAGAAAUGAAGCAAGCACAUGAUAACUUCUUAUAUAGUGACCAUUUAGCACUCAGCAAAAUCAUUGAUACUUGGAUUGAACUGAAGGAAAAGUCUGAUGCCUCUGAUUAUACAGCAAACAAUUUAUUAGAUGAAAAUAAUUUGGCUUUCAUUAGAGAUUUAAAAGGUUUGUUUUCUGAAGACCUUUAUUCGGCUGGCAUUUUAGACAAGCAAGAAGCAUAUCGUGAUCCAUUACAUAAAUGCAAUUCUAAUAGUAGCCAUAUUCGAAGUAUUCUAGCUGCUCUUUCUGCUGCAUUUUUUCCUAAUGUGAUGAAAAUCAGUCAAGGGGAAAUAGCUCAUGGGAAAUUUAAGAGAGAUACCAUUACUUAUUCUCUUUUGAAAGGCCAGCGUGGUUAUAUUCAAAAAGAAUCUGUAGCUUCAAAUGAAUAUGAACUUCCCUCACCAUGGCUUAUUUAUUUCUCUGCCUUAAAAUCAGAUGCUCGCAGAUUGAUGAUGACUUCAACAGUUUCAUCUGUGCCAGGGCUGUGCCUCUUACUUUUUAACAGGCAAAAGCUUAUAUACAGCAUGGUAACACCAGAGGAGGCAUUAGAUUCCAACAAUGUGAUUAUUUCUGUUGAAAACUACAACAAAUUAAAUUUUUUAUGCUCAGAAAAGGAAGCAGAACUUUUGAUGUCCUGGAGAAAAGUUUUGGAUGAAAUGUUUAAUGCAUACAUUCAAAAUCUUAAAAAUGUUUCACCUAAUGAAUACAACAAAAUGCUAACCAUAUUUAACUCAAGUUUCCUGCCUGUGACAAAAGAACUCUUAGAUACACCUCAGGUCCCUUUUACCAAAGGGAAAAUUUAUAAAUUUGUUAGUGGUAAUCUAGUAUCAGAAACUUAUUAAUCAUACUCAUUGUAAUUAUUUAUUUUAAGUUCAUGUAGAUAAUUUCAUAAUUAAAAUAAUUUAUAAAAGUU